AUGGCGGUACCUGCAGGGACCCUCUCAGGUGCACUGGCGCCCCCAGGAACCUUCGUAGCAGCGACGGCACCCCCCAGGAACCCUCCCAGGGGCGGCAGCGCCCAAAGGGACCUUCCCAGGGGUGGCGACGCCCCCAGAGACUCUUCCAAAGGCGGCAGAGACCCUAGGGGCCCUCCCAGGGGUAGCAGCACGCCCAUGGACCCUCUAAGGGGCAGCAACAACCCCAGGGACCCACCCAGGGAUGGCAGCACUGCCAAGGACCCUCACAGGGGCAGCGGCGCCCCCAGGUACUCUCUCAAGGGCGGCGGCAUCCCCCAGGAUUGGCGAUGCCUGCAGGGACCACCCCAGUGGUACUCGCUGUUGCGGCAGCGCAUCCAUGGAUCUUCCCAGGGAUGGCAACAAUCUCAUGGACCUUUCCAGGGGCUACAGCACCCCCAGGGACCCUCCCUGAGGCACGCAAUGCCCCAAAAUAGUUUCGCAUUGAAGACGGCACCCCCACGGGGCCUCCCAAGGGCCCUCCCAGCCGCAAUGGCGUCCCCAAGAGUGUUGGAGCCCCCAGGGGUCCUCCCAGAAACAUUGUGA